AUGGGUAACGAAACGCAGACACAGACCAAGGUCGAGCGGGUGCUUAACGGCAAGACGGUUACUGAAAAGUAUGCCGACGUGACCCUGCACCUGAUUGAGGAGCAUGGGGACAAUGUUACUCCUCUUACUCCUGAACAUGCAGCCAAAGUCAAGAGGAAGCUUUACCUGCGGCUGAUGGGCUUGCUGUCCAUGAUCAACAUUAUGCUGUUUAUUGACAAGUCCACCCUGGGUUAUGCAGCCAUCCUUGGCCUAUUCGAAGAGACGGGCAUCUCUCAGGCUCAGUAUAACAACCUGAACACCAUGUUCUACGUUGGCUACCUCGCCUUCCUAUGGCCCGGACAUUACCUCAUGCAACGACUCCCCUUCGGCAAGUUCGUGGCUGGCAUCAUCUUUUCAUGGGCCGUCGUCAUCUUCCUCCACUGUGUUGCAACUCGCUACGCAGGACUCAUCGUGCUACGUCUGGCCCUAGGGGCUGCUGAAGGAGUGGUUGUCCCUGCUAUUGAAAUCACCAUCGGCAUUGGACCUGUUCUCCCUUGGAAGCUACUCCACGUCGUCACUGGUGGUAUCACCCUUUUGCUUUCCAUCUGGGUCUGGUUUGACUAUCCCAACAAUCCUGCUGAAGCAAGGUUCUUGACGCUUGAAGAAAAGGUGCACGUGGUUCGACGCGUUCACGAGUCUCAGCAAAGCUCAAUCGAGCAGAAGCAGUUUAAGCGCUCGCAGUUUAUCGAAACCAUGAAAGACCCGGUAUCUUGGUUGUUUGCACUCCAGGCAUUCACCCUGAUGUACUGCAAUAACCUUACCUACGGCCAGAAGAACCUGCUCGUCACGUCCCUCGGAGUCACACCUCUCGAGUCUACUCUGGUUGCGGUUGCAGGUGGCGGCUUUGGUAUCAUCAACUGCGUCGUCGCAGCGUUUGCCCUGAGACGCUUUCCCGGUAACUUUGCACUGCACUGUACCCUUUGGUGCUUGCCAGCUAUUGCUGGUGGUAUCGGAAUGGUUACUGUACCUUGGGAUCGAACCAUAUCCCUGCUCGCCUGCAUGUUCCUGGCGGCUCACACAUAUGGUGUUGCAUACAUCAUCGCUUUGGGAUGGACAAACUCUUCUGCCGCCGGAUAUACAAAGAAACUGACGAGGAACGUCAUGUUCAUGAUCGGAUAUAGCGCUGGAAAUCUCGUGUCCCCCCAGAUCUGGGUCCCGUCAGCCAGACCCAGGUACUACGGAGCUUGGGCCUCUAUGAUUGUCGUCAGUUGGUUUGGGACGCCUGUCAUUCUGUGGGUCAUCCACUUCAUCCUGGCCCGCAGAAACAAGGUCAGAAAAGAAAGGCUAGCCGAGCUCAGCGACCAGGAUGGUAGUGGCUAUGUCGAGCAGCUGGAUGAGAAUGGGCAGAUGGUCAAGGUCAAGGUUGAGGUUGCAAUGCUGGACUUGACUGACUUGGAGAACGAGAACUUUAUCUAUCCGCUGUGA